GGAAAGCCGUAGACAUGGCCGUCGCCCGCGGUGUGUUUAGGUUUCCUGGGCAUUUACGUUUCGAAACGGCAGGUGGCCUGCUCGAGGGCGGCCGAAAGAACAGAAAAGGCGGCCACCGACGGGAGGAGGCGCCGUCUCGCCGUCUCGCGUUUCGCAGCUGCAUGGGGAAAGAGCUUGAAAGAAAACGGAUGGGGAAGAAGGAUGGAAGAGGAGGCGUGCAGCAGCACCAGCCGCCGCCGCCGGGCCUCGUCACUGAGUUCUCCCGCGUUCGGAUUUCCAAGACACUUGAAGAGUUCCGGGGCUCCCAAGCUGAAGUUUAUACAUUUGAACCAGGAUUGUCAAAAGAAGAACGUGCAGUAAUCCAUAUUAUGUGCAGGAAAAUGGGUAUGCUGUCAAAAAGUUCAGGGCGUGGAGAAAGAAGGUGCCUUUCUGUGUACAAAAACAAAAAGGAAAAUGCAUCCAUUAAGAAGGAAGAGUUUACUACAUACUUACAAUUUUCAGAAGAUACAAAAAAUAUUCUUCAAGAUCUUUUCAUGCAUUAUCCACCUGAAGAUAUGGAUCUGAGUGAAGAUGCAGUAAGGAACACGAGGGAAAAAAUUGGUAAUCGACAAUGGAAGCAAGAUGCCACCUUUAGUAAACCAUCAAUUAGCAAGUCUGACAUUGCAAAGAAGGUGGAAGAGUUAUCCUCCAGAAUAAGUAAUUCAGCGGAGCUGGGAAAGGUUAUAGAAGACAGAGCUAAACUUCCAAUUGCAUCCUUCGAACAUGCCAUUACUUCAACACUAGAAAAUAACCAGGUUGUACUUAUAUCUGGUGAGACUGGUUGUGGAAAAACUACUCAGGUUCCUCAGUAUCUGUUGGAACAUAUGUGGGAUAAAGGUGAAGUUUGUAAGAUCAUAUGCACACAACCUAGACGCAUUUCAGCUAUUUCAGUUGCUGAGAGGAUCUCAUAUGAAAGAGGGGAACCUGUUGGAGAGACUGUUGGGUAUAAGAUUCGACUGGAGUCCAAGGGUGGGAAGCACUCCUCGAUCAUAUUCUGCACUAAUGGAGUGUUUUUGAGAUUGUUGAUCAGUAGAGGUUCAAGUUUUUCAAGCAUUGAUGCUGGAAACAGUUCACUGGAGGACUGUUUGCAAGGAAUAACCCAUGUUAUUGUGGAUGAAAUUCACGAGAGGGAUAGAUAUUCUGAUUUUAUGCUGACAAUACUCAGAGAUUUGCUUCCUGCUUAUCCACAUAUACGAUUGGCGCUCAUGAGUGCUACUCUUGAUGCUGAGCGAUUUUCCAAUUACUUCAAUGGGUGCCCGAUUAUUCAAGUCCCAGGAUUUACAUAUCCUGUCAAGACUUUUUAUUUGGAAGAUGUGCUUUCUAUCCUGAAACCUGUGGAUGAUAACCAUUUAAAUCAUGUGGCAGUGAAUGAUUCUGAGGAAUCUAAUCCUCUGUCUGCAGAAGAUAAAAGUGUCUUAGAUGAAGCAAUUUGUUUGGCUUUAACUAAUGAAGAAUUUGAUCCUUUACUAGAGUUGAUUUCUACUGAGCAAACACCUAGAAUCUACAACUACAGGCAUUCUUCUACUGGUGUAUCACCCUUGAUGGUAUUUGCUAGAAAGGGCAGAGUUGGUGAUGUUUGCAUGCUUCUUUCUUAUGGUGCUGAUUGUGCUUUAUGUGACAACAGUGGUAAACGUGCUCUAGAUUGGGCUGAAUGUGAGAACCAAGGUCAGACAUAUGAAAUUAUCAAAAAACAUAUGGAGAAAGAUAAAUCAAAAUCAGUAGAAGAUGAGGAGCUAAUAAAUGAAUACCUUGCAAGUGUUAAUCAAGAGCACAUUGAUACUGUUCUUAUAGAGCGACUAUUAGAGAAAAUUUGCACUGAUCCAAUAGAAGGAGCUAUUCUCAUUUUUCUUCCUGGAUGGGAUGACAUUAACCAAACCAGAGAGAGGUUGGUUGCAUCACCAUUCUUUCAGGACCAAUCAAAGUUUUGGAUAAUCUCUCUGCAUUCUAUGAUUCCGUCUGCAGAGCAGAAAAAGGUUUUUAAACGCCCACCUGUUGGUGCUCGUAAAAUCAUUCUGUCAACAAACAUUGCUGAGACUGCUGUUACAAUUGAUGACGUUGUAUAUGUCAUAGAUAGUGGCCGGAUGAAGGAAAAAAGUUAUGAUCCAUAUAGCAAUGUAUCCACACUUCAUUCUUCUUGGGUGUCAAAAGCUAGUGCAAGACAACGUGAGGGUCGUGCUGGUCGUUGUCGACCAGGAACCUGUUACCAUCUUUUUUCAAAAUUUCGUGCAGCAUCUUUGCCAGACUACCAAGUUCCUGAAAUUAAGAGGAUGCCUAUUGAGGAACUUUGCUUGCAGGUAAAAUUGCUUGACCCCAGUUGUAGACUAGCUGACUUUCUACAAAAAACAUUGGAUCCUCCUGUUUCAGAAACAGUUCGCAAUGCAAUUAUUGUUCUUCAAGAUAUAGGUGCUUUGACAGAUGACGAAAGACUCACUGAUCUUGGGAAGCAGCUUGGUUCCCUUCCCGUUCAUCCAACAACUAGCAAGAUGCUUUUGUUUGCAAUUCUGAUGAAUUGCUUGGACCCUGCAUUAACUCUAGCAUGUGCAGCUGAUUAUCGAGAACCAUUCCUUCUCCCAAUGGCUCCAGAUGGGAGGAAGAAGGCUACUCUUGCAAAACUCGAACUUGCCUCUUUGUGUGGUGGGUGCAGCGAUCAACUUGCUGUUGUAGCUGCAUUUGAUUGUUGGAAGAAGGCAAAAGAAAGAGGUCAGGAAUCACAAUUCUGUUCUAGGUAUUUUGUCUCAUCUGGUACAAUGAAUAUGCUAUGUAACAUGAGGAAGCAGCUUCAGAGUGAGCUAGCAAAACAUGGAUUUAUUCCAAAAGAUGCAUCUAAUUGUAGUUUAAAUGCUCAUGAUCCUGGUAUUCUUCGAGCAGUCCUCAUGGCUGGUGCUUAUCCAAUGGUAGGAAGAUUUCUUCCUCGCCGGAAGAAUGAUAACAGAACUGUAGUGGAAACUGCUAGUGGUGCCAAAGUUCGCUUACAUCCACAUUCUUCGAACUUUAAUUUAUCAUUUAGUAAGGAGGCUAUUUGUUCACUUGUUAUUUAUGAUGAAAUUACUCGUGGGGAUGGAGGGAUGUACAUAAAAAAUUGUUCUCUUGUUGAUCCAUAUCCAUUAUUAUUGCUUGCGAAGGAAUUGGCUGUUGCUCCUUCUGAUGACCUUGAUGCAAAUGAUGAAGAUUUAGAUGAUUCUAGCAAUGAGAGAGAUGAGUUGGGGCCAAACAAAUCCUCUAGUACACGUGGGGAAGAAAUAAUGUCUUCUCCUGACAAUAAUGUUUCAGUAUUUGUUGAUGGAUGGUUGAGAUUUGAAUCAACAGCCCUUGAUGUUGCUCAGAUAUACUGCCUACGGGAACAUCUAUCUUCCACAAUCUUAUUUAAGGUAAAGAAUCCGCGGGCAGUUCUGCCUCCUGCUUUAGGGGCGUCAAUGUAUGCCAUUGCCUGCAUUCUCUCUUACGACGGAUUACCCAGAGCACUUUCCGAGGCAGCAUUUGAUGGCCGAUCAUCAGUUGGAGAUGCAGGGAACACGAACAAACCUAUUCAGGGAAGAAGACGAGCCGGCUUCAUUCCGCCUGGGGCCUUCCUCAGAUCCUUAUUUUCAGCCGAAGUUGAAACUCCUCAUGUCCAGAAGUACAGGAAAACUCAGCAAAGCCAGAGUGCUCCCAGGGCACCCAACACGCCGUUCCAUGGUCCAAAAUUUGGUAGCUCGGCACCAAGGAGAAGAUCCUUCAAAAGGCGACGAUGAAGGCCCAGCUACCCAAGUCUUUCAUCGAUCCUCACUGCGUCGUUGCUGAUACUCCGACAUUCUUAUGGAGAUCUUGUUCAAGGCCGCAAAUUACAAAAAGCCAGAAUCUAGUUGCUGUUUGAGCAAAAUCUUCAUGCAAAAUCCAGAAAUGGUGAUUUAUGCUGUUGGCGCAGCAGCCAUAUGUACCAUGUUCUUGAGGGUUUUAACUUCAUCAGAAUGCAAUCAUGGAUAGGAAGCAACUCUAUAAAAUCUUGUUAAUUCUUUGAACAUGUUCCCAAUUUGUUGGGGAAAAGUAGAAUACAAUGUUGGAUACAAAACAUCAAAUCCUCAUGUCAAAGGAAAAUCGGAUUCUAACUGUAAAUUUCACCUGAUUUAAUAUCGAUUUUUAAAUGCAUUUCUUCA